CGAAAAGAAAACAACACAGCUGGAAAAAUUUCAAUUCAAUACAAUUUAUCAUUAAAAUUAAGUUAAAAGAAUUCAAUAUGACUUUAAUCGAUCACUAUGAGCAACAAUAUGCUUCAUUAAUUGCAGAAAUUACAGCAUCAAUUGGUCGAUUAAACAUAUUUAGUGGAUCUGAAAGACGUGAACUUUGCGCAAAAAUCGAUGGAAGUCUAACCGAAGCUUCUGAAUUGUUGGAACAAAUCGGUUUGGAAAUAAGAGACUUGAAUCCAUCUGUUCGACCUGGUUUCAAUAGCAAACUUAAUUGCUAUCAAGUCGAACUAAAGCGUCUUCAAAAUGAAUACAAAAACAUCAAAGAACAGUCACGAAAUCAUUCCUCACUCGAAAUAACUGAUGAAUUUGAUGAUGUAUCAAUUCGAGAUGAUCAAAAGCAACGGUUGCUCGAGAACUCGGAGCGUAUCGAACGAACUGGGAAUCGUCUAGUUGAGGGCUAUCGCAUCGCUGUGGAAACAGAAGAAUUGAGCACACAAGUCUUGCAGGAUUUACAUCAUCAGCGUGAAACUCUUAAUAAUGCUAGAUCCAGGCUGAGGGAGACAAAUGCUGAAUUGGGUAGAUCGUCGAGAAUUUUGAAUUCAAUGUUGAUGCGUGCAUUGAGGGAGAAGGCUAUUCUCUAUGGAGUUGGUGGAUUCUUUGUGGUUGCCGUUGUAAUCAGUGUUUACUUUUCAUUUUCUAGCUAAUUAUUCCAAAUGUGUAAAUGAUUAUUUGUUAACAUUUUAUCUAAAUAGGAAUCAAUCAUUAAAAGCCCAAAUCAUUCCUUUUGACAAGAUUUGCUAAUUCAUUACUGUUAUAUAAAUAGUAAGGUGUACAAAACUCAUUAAAAUAUGUUUUUAUUUAAUUUUAAGUACUUAGAUAUUUCAUUUAAGAUGUUGAUAUUUAUUUUAGCAAAUUUUACUAAGUAUUAAAAGUUUUAAUUUAAAAAAAAAAUAGUUUAUUUUGUUGUAAGCAUCGGUGUGAAUCUAUUAAAAAUAAUCCCACAAGGAAUUUAAAAACUCAGCUUUAGGGAAAAGGCUUAAGAGAGAGUUCACACCAAAAUUCGCAGUGUCAAUUAUCAAUCGACUGUUGAUAAAUAUCGAAAUCCAGGCUUUUUAAUCUUUUGCUUAAGAAUUGAACACUUUUUUUGGACAUGAAUUUAGCACAUUGAAAGGAGUGCAAGUAUUUUUCUGCUUUAAAUUCUUUAUUACUUGCAAGUAACGGUUCAUUUUUAUGUUGUUACUAUGACUACCUUAUAUGGUAAUAAAAAUGUGUAGAUGAUUGAAAAGUAAAGUAUCGUUUUGCGAAAAAUGAA